AUGAAGCUAACUACAGACGAAGUACUUGAGAGGAUUGGAAGCUUUGGUCGCUACCAAAUUGUGCUCAACAUAUAUUUCAAUAUUGCUUAUGCAUUAUGGUGGGCUUUUCCAGUCAUGGCAAUGGUAUUCAUUGCAUCGGAGCCCGGAUGGAAAUGCAAAAACAACUCGACUUGCCCCUUUACUGACACCAUCAGUCUGGGAGACGACAGAUACAAUCAUAGAUGCGAUAUUCCUCGGCAAGACUGGGACUUCGCCGACGACUUCACUUCGGUUGUAACUGAGGUAAGUGGUAUUAUCGUGUCAUGGGGUGCUUCUCAAUGUAUUUAUAUAUUACGUUGUGGUGUAACAAAAACCCAUGUAAUCAAAACGAAUAAAGCGGUUUUCAAUAAGGUGUCGAAAAACCAAAACCAGCGUUAUCAAAGCGACUGAUUAAAACAAAAAGCUGACGUUUCGAGCGUUAGCCCUUCUUAAGAGUGAUGGCGAAGGGCUAACGCUCGAAACGUCAGCUUUUUUACCCUCUAUGGUGGCUAAUUUAAGUUUUUUCAACCCAGUUGUUAACACUAAAUUACCUGCUAUACUCUCCCACCGACGCAGCACCACAGUUUCUUUAGAAACUUACCCCUUGAUUAAAACAAAGAUUAAUAUCACUACCCAAUGAAGACUCAAAUUGAAAACAAGAAAACUGCAUGAAGCGCGGGAAAACGGGAAUGACCACGUGACAAUUGUUUUAGUUUUGCAUCUGAUUGGUUGAGAAAGUGGUGCGAGUUUUCUGAGCCAAUCACAAAGCAAGGUAAAGUAAAACCAAAGCAAUCACGGAGUGCUUUUGACACUCAUUUGAAAAUUGCUCCAUUAAAAAAAAUAUUUAAAAAGAAUACAUUAAGAAGCCAAUGAGAACUUUAAAACUAAGCAUGAAAACAUUCUCAAGCGUAAGAAAAUGGAAGUGAUCAUGUGGCCAUGGUUUAGAUUUGUAUUUCACUGAAUAGCAGGUGGACGUGUUUUUUAUAUUAGACACAGAGUAGAGUAAAUAUAGUUCGGACCUGCAUGGCCAUGUUAAAUGCGAAUAAAAUAAAUAACGAAUUCGAAGAAUAACCACGAAGACUACGAUUGAAAAAUCAACGGUAAAUGCACGAUUGCAUACAGGCAGCCAGAUUAUCAGAAAUAUCGAUAAGGUAAUUCUAGGAUGGACUCGCCCAAAGGACUACGUGUUUUUUCAUGUAGACAUUUUCCAACAGCGAGCCUUCGGCUUGUAAGAGAGUCCUCCCCUACUUGAAUGAAGCUCGAAUCUUUUCUAUUUUGUUUGUUAGUUUGUUUCAAUCACUUUCUCCUUUGACAGUUUGAUCUUUAUUGCAAAAGAGGCGCACUUGGAUUUGUAUCAACCUCUGUGAUCUUUGCUGGAUUUAUAGCUGGUAGUAUUUCUGUCAGCCCUAUCUCGGACAAGUUUGGCCGGAAGCUCCCGUUAUUUGUGUGUGGCUUUUUCUGCGCCGUGUUCAACUUUGUUUCAGCUUUUUCUCCUGCUUUCUGGGUGUUUGCUCUCUUUCGAGCAAUCGUCGGUUUCAUGAUUGGUAAGAUAUGGACAUUUUAAUGCAUGUAUUAUGCAAGAAAAAUAGUCCCUCAUUAGUAACUUUUAGCGUUUGAAGUUACUUACCGAUACGAAAACCAACCUUCCCUCCUCGAACUAAAAUUCGUUGGCAGGCGAAGGAAGACGUUGCAUGAUAAAUGACCCUUAAGCUGACUAAAAGAGUUAAGUUCUAGGAACGAAGAGAAGGGAAAACGAACAAAUAGGACGAGAGGGAGAAUGGGAUUGAAGAGAAAGAUAAGAAAGUAGAGAAUGUAUAAAACAGAGAGAGGAGAUUGUGAAAAGCAAGAUGGAGAACAAGGAAGUAAUUGAGAAGUGAGCUGGAGUUGAAGUAAGGAGUAGAAAAAUGUAAUUGAAGAGGAUGAGGAGGAGAAGAGAGAAAAUUCGACACGGGUUGGAACGGGCAUACAGAUGAUUAGGUAAACAAGGAGAGAGAGAUAUAAGGAGAGAGGAGAAAUAUAAGGUCAUAUGAGUGAAAAUAAACGGUGAGAAUAGAAUGUCGAUAUGAUGAUAACGAUGAGGAUGAGAAGGUUUAUGCAAGGUUUUCCUCCUUUAAAAUUUUUAGAAUGAACCACAAUUAUUAAUUUUACUUUAAUGUUGACGGUUUGUUUUGAAUGCAGGUGCUUACAGCAUUCCACUGUUUGUUUUGACAUCUGAGUUCUCUGGGGUUCGUCGACGAGGGACUGCAGGUUCGGUUGUUUGGAUUGGUUAUGAAGUGUUCGUCAUGCUGUUAGCAGCAAUUGCGUAUGGCAUAAGAGACUGGAGACAACUGGUUAUUGUCACUGGAGUUCCUGGGAUCAUCUUUGCCGCUGGAUAUUUGUAAGAUUUGAUAGCCGUAUGAUCCUUUUGCUGUAAAAAAAUGUUUUCAUCUCUGAUUAAAUAGAAGCUUUCACUUUACCGGGUCAUCCGAAAAAAAAAAACUGAGCAAGGAAGGUUGAAAAAAUACAUCGAUUCAGGCUUGAAGGGGGGCAAAGGUUAUCAUUAUAGUUAUCAUCACCGAUAUCCAUCCUUAUUGUUAUCAUUGUCGUGAUUGUUAAAGUCUAGAUCGUUACCCACUAAAAAAUGUCUCCUUUCACUAACAGGAGUAUGUAAGAACAGAGAUGUGUCGCUGUUGAAACGUGGACUUGUGAAAGCUGACUAAAAUAAAUGAAGAUUGAAUUUUCCGUUGAGAGUUGGUCCCUUAAAAGAGCUUCCACAGCAUAACUAUUUGUGUUGUUGUUAUAUCUACGAACAGUUUCAUUCCUGAGUCGGUCCGCUGGCUUCUGAAGAAGGGAAGAUACACUGAGGCAAAGGAAACUUUGUCUAAAGUCGCUUCAUUGAAUGGUGCAGAGAUGCCAGACGAACCAAUUUAUUUACCGAAGGAGGAACGUCUUGGUGACAUUCGAGAUUUGUUUUCCUCUCUCAAAAUGGCUCACAAAACACUUGGUUGCUGGUUCAUGUGGUAAGUGUUAAGUCUGGCAAUACCAUUUUAAAUGCGCUGUGCCCCUAUAUAUAUUCAGUAUCCCUAAUGGAAGCUUGCCAUAAGCCCUCAAAGCCGCUAAAAUAAAUUCAUUUUCGAUAUUAGAAAAUGGGGUUGAACUUUCAGGAUGUUUAAAAGAAAAGUAUUCCCUUAUAAAUGUCGGACAUCUUGAACCAGCGCGCCAGCGCGUGAGUCAAAAUUGAACAAUGAUUCAACAGCCAGGUUCUCUUACUCUGUGUUCAUAUCAACAGGUUUGCAGUGUCUUUCAUUUCCUGGGGGAUGAACUUUAGUACUCCCUUUGUGGGCGGUAGUGUUUACUCCAACGUGGCAAUAAGUGCAGGUGCCUCUCUUCCUUCCUAUCUUAUCUGUGCUGUUUUGACUGUGUGGUAAGUCAAUUCGCCAAGAGAAGGUGCAUUUCCUUCAUCGUCUUAGACUGGGUGUCGUCUUCAAGAUUCUUUGUACGAAUCCUUGAGCAAAUCGCAAAUCCUGCUUAACCAAGUUUGUUAAACGAUUAAGUCGGCCGUGUAAGGGCCUUAUUUGUUUACAAGUUUGUUUGUUUUGCUGGAGUAUUUGGAAUUUUUUUGUUUUUGCUUUUUGUUUGUUAUCUUUUGUGGGCCAACUUGAUUUGCUAAAUAAAAUGAGCCAACGAAAUGGACGAGAAAAAAAUGUAUUCUCAGUACCGGUGGACCAACCUGAAGUAUGUGUUAAUUAUUUUUAUUUCAACAGGUUUGGCCGCAGAAAAUCCCUGUUCAUUUCGUUCCUUGCAGCUUCUCUUGGAGCCAUCGGCGCCCUUUUGAUGACAGAUAAAGCCCAACAUGACAACGGUGAGAAAUACAGUACCAUAACUCAAUCGUGAGCACAAACCUUUAAAGAAUACAAUUUCGUCUAAGUAAAAAUGCCUGUAAAUGAAAACGCGAGACGCAAAUGAUUGUUAGCCGUAACUUGGCCAAAAUUUUAACCGUUAGUUGUAAAAGCCAUCAUCCCAUUGAGGCCCUCCUUAAUGGUUUGUUGUAUCGUUGCAGGUUUCUUGGCUGGUAAAAUUUUCAUGUCCAUGGUCGUUGCAAAGUUGUCCAGUGGCGUGGCAUUUACCUUGGUGUAUAUUUAUGCUGCGGAGCUAUUUCCAACAGCACUGAGGUAGCUAAUUUUUAUUACAUUUCGCAUUAUUCGUUAGCUGUCAUUAGAAAGGACCAUUCUAAAGCGGUUAGUUGCUGUGGUUAUUGUUGUUGUUUUGGUUUUGAAUGUAUGUUGCGCUUCUUUUCUUCGUAACACAGGAACGUUGCUAUGGGUACGUCAACAUCCUGGGCUCGAGUGAGUGGUUUUGCUUCGGCUUAUGCCCCUCUUCUGGUGGGUAAUUCAAUCAUUUUUUUAUUGGCUCGUGUCAAACAUAUCUGAUAGCCCUUUUUCCAUCCAGCGUGACGCAAAUGUGACGAUAAAUACUGCCAGCACAUCCCGAGCCCGCUUCACUGAAUACAUGGUUAAACCCCCUCUAGGAAAUUUGUUGGUACUGUUGUUCAAAGCCAUUUGGUGUGAUUUCCGACCAGCGGUAAUCAUAUUAGUACCUAGGCCACCGCAUAUGAAAUAUAGGCUUUGAUCAUUAUUCACAUGUGAUGUGAUUUAUAUGAGCAUUCUUCUUGCUUCGGAAUAAAACGUGUGUGUCUUACAAUCUACGCUUCCUGUUCUAAAACAAGAACUACAACAAUUUUGAUGGGGUUUUUGCCAUCCAAGUUCAAACAAACAAACUAAAUAAACGCAAAAAAUUGUUUAUUAAUCGGAGUCAAGCGAAGUCUAAUAGUUCCAUAAUAAAGCAUAUACACCAUUUCUGGUGUUAUUUCAAACCUCACUGACUUCUCCUUCUUUCAGCUGGAAAUUCACCGUUUUCUGCCAUUUGGAAUUAUGGCUGGCCUUGCCCUCGCUGCCGCUGUGAUCUGUCUGACAUUACCUGAGACACACGACCAACCCAUGAUAGAAGAUUUGUCUCAGGAUUCGAACGGCAAAAAUCACAAACAAGAUGAAAACUUGAACGCAAAUGAUGUUACAGCUGAGGAAAAUACUUUAUUGUGA